UUCCCAGAAGAUUACUCGCCCAUACUUAGAAAGAAAGCUCUGUCUCCAUUAAGAAAAAUAAAAUGGAUCAUACAAUGGCAGGAGAACCAACAUCCAUGGCUUUACCAUCAAACCUACAUCAAGAUCCCAACACUCUCCCAUUAAUGAUCAAGAAGAAGAGGAAUCUCCCAGGAACACCAGAUCCUGAAGCAGAAGUGAUAGCUUUGUCUCCAAAGACUCUGAUGGCUACAAAUCGGUUCUUAUGCGAGAUAUGUGGGAAAGGAUUUCAAAGAGAUCAAAACCUUCAGCUUCACCGAAGAGGGCAUAACCUGCCAUGGAAGCUGAGGCAGAAGAGCAGUAAGGAGCCACGGAAGAGAGUCUACGUCUGUCCUGAGAAAAGCUGCAUUCACCAUAAUCCUUUGAGGGCGCUCGGUGAUCUCACAGGAAUCAAGAAGCACUUUUGCCGUAAGCAUGGUGAGAAGAAGUGGAAGUGCGAUAAGUGCUCAAAGAGAUACGCAGUCCAGUCGGAUUGGAAGGCUCACGCUAAGGUUUGUGGCACAAGAGAGUAUCGCUGCGAUUGUGGAACCAUUUUUUCAAGGAGAGACAGCUUUAUAACCCACAGAGCUUUCUGCGACGCACUGGCGGAGGAAGCCGCCAGGAUCUCAGCAUCUUCCAACAUCAACAAUACUGUUUCCAUAACCAACAUGAUCAAUUACCCGUGCUUUAAUCCAAAUCUAACAAGGCCCGCUUUACAACCUCUCCCAGAAGUUCCUGGUCUCUCGUUUUGGAUGAACCAAGAGUCAAACGAAGCCAUGGCUUAUCCAAAUCUCUCCCCUUAUAGCUCUGGCUUGCUCUCCUCCUGCUCAAACGCCGAGCAACUCGAGAGUCAGUUGAACUGGAUUUAUAAUGAAAGCAAACUCCCAGCUCCAAGCAAUGGAGGAGAGCUUCCUAUUAAGGAACCCUGCAACAAUUCUUCUCUUGGAUGCAUGCCUUUUCUACUUAGUACUCAACGGGAGCACCGGCCGAUGCCGGUGCCGGACAUGUCAGCAACCUCGUUGUUGCAGAAGGCAGCGCAAAUGGGUGUGGUCUCGAGCACUGGCCCUUCCCUUUUGGUGGGCUUUGACAUGAAGUCUACUUUGGUCGGAGAUUUACCGCCACCGCCACAGCCGGCAAUGGCGAGCCUUUACAAUGUUCAUAAGUAUGAUAUCGGCGUCGGAAGAGAUGGAGGAGAGAUCACUAGAGAUUUUUUAGGUGUUGGAGUUCAGGCUCUUUGCCCAUCCUCCGUAAGUGGAUGGAUUUGAGUCAAAGUUAGCUUCGGUUCUCUUAGCUUUCAAAAGAAAAAGUUGAGAGGCAAAGAGUACUAAAAGGAGGGAAGUGGAUAGCUUUGCAAGAACGAGAAAAGGUGGAAUGAGUGGUUAAUGAAAGGUAUUUGCAAGUAUUGAAGUUGGUGAGGUUUUGGAUUUAGGAGUAGGAGAUCCAUGAAUAUUCAUUCUCUCAUGGCUGCUUGAAAGAAAAAAAGAAGCACUUUUUUAGGAUGGUUUUAUGCUUUUGUCAUGUGGAAAAUGGUGUGGGAGAGGAGAAGGAAGCAAGGGAGGAUAUAUCCUUCUGUUUAUCUCUUUUAUUGCCUUGCUUGAUCUUCGAAUGCUAUCAGGUUUAAUUCUCUUAUCAGAGAUCCUUGCAGCAUUAUCAAGUUACUAGAUAGACAAACAUUCCCUUUGGG